ACCCCACCACCAGCCCCAACAUCCACGCCAUCAGCUUCACCAGAACCACAUUCGCCCGGUGAUGGGCGGCGGCGGUCCCAUCUGCCCAAGUUCGUCUACCGACUUGAUGGCAUCGAUUACGGCCUGUGCAAAUGCAAAUGCCCCCUCAGCAGCAACAGCAGCAGCAGGUUGUAGUGGCGAUGCAACAACAGCAAUCGCUGCUUCAUCAACAGCAGAGCCUGCAUAAAGUUGGAGCGCUUCGGAUGGAUGACGGAAGACAGCAGCGGCACGGUGGGCUUGUCGACAUGGCCUCGUCACCUUCCAACAACGACAAGAACCUCAAAAGCAUAUUGAACGUACGCAUCCCGGGCACGUUCAUGAGCAAGAAGAUCACCAACAAGCUGCAGAAGCAGAAGUCUGCCCAAGUGAUGCGAGGACUUUAACCAGAGCUGUUCGUUGCUGUUUCCGUUCGAGACGCGCUAGCUGUACUUUAAUUGUACGGCUUUUGGCGCCUCGCGGAGUAUCGUUUGGUCGCAGUCCCAGCGGGAUGUCAACCUGGAGAGGCAACGCGCUCUCGGGCUUAGUCCACGCCACGCCGACCAGCACGAACUUCGUAUCAUGGUACCGGAAAUCUACUCAAGUGGACCCAGCAUGUCACCUAUCUGAGAUGGUCGUCGGGCUCGGCAAGGUCUACGAAGUUCCCGUUGUACCGGAUGUCACCGAAUUGAACCAUGCGCUGCAAGCCCCACUUCGGCAAGACUCUGGAGGGGAUGCGUGCGUCGUACCAGCUCUCAAAUGUGCAGCAAUAUCCGCUGCUUGUGCAAAUCCGGCUGCUACGUACUUCGCCGGCCUCCGUCGUCCAGGCCCCGGUAGUCCUGCCGUACUGAUUAAGGUACGGGGAAUCUGGGCAACCGAUGGUCUGCGCUGCUACGUCCCUCGUUCGAGCCGCCGUCGUUGCUGAUUAAAAAGCGACCUCCUCCCUGGAAUCGACCACCAAAAAAGUGUCAAAAGGUGCUGAGAUCUGCGCUGCUACGUCCCCCGUUCGAGCCGGCCAAAUAACUACAUCCUCCGUCGCCCAGGCCCCGGUAGUCCUGCCUUACUGAUUGAGGUACGGGGAAUAUAGGCAACCGACGAUCUGCGCUAGUCCCUCAGUGGCGAGAAGGUGGUGCGUUUCCCGUUCCGGUUUUGAUGUUCUCACAGCGAAGUGACGAAUCAGCGCUUUCA